CCCCCGUGUGUGAUUUUAGUUUUGUUGUUUUCCUCUGCUUGAAAAGAGUGGAAAAAAAAAAAAAAAAGCAAAGCUAUUAUCUAUAUUCAUUUUCAUCUUCAAAUCUUUCUCUCAACUGAAGAAGAAGUAACAACAACAACAACAACAAAAACAAUGGUGGUGAAGAAGCCACGGAUUGUGAUAAUUGGAGCAGGAAUGGCAGGCCUAACUGCUGCCAACAAGCUCUACACUGCCACAGCCUCAAAGGACUUGUUUGAGCUGUGUGUUGUGGAGGGUGGAACAAGGAUUGGUGGAAGAAUCAACACCUCAGAGUUUGGUGGUGACCGUAUUGAGAUGGGAGCAACAUGGAUCCAUGGAAUUGGUGGCAGCCCUAUUCACAAGAUUGCUCAAGAGAUCCACUCACUCCACUCUGACCAACCUUGGGAGUGCAUGGAUGGCAACACUGUCACUGAUGAUGCCACCACUAUCACCAUUGCUGAAGGUGGCUUCCACCUCCACCACCCUUCCAUUGUUGACCCCAUCACAAAGCUUUUCAACACCCUCAUGGAAUACUCUCAAGGGAAGCUCAAUGAUACCACUUCAAAGGGUGGAAGUGAACUUGAAAGCUAUCAAAAGUUGGCUGCUAAGGUUGCUUCUGUUUCUGCUUCUUCCAACAACAACAACAAGAACAACCUUAGUGUUGGUUCUUUUCUCAGACAAGGGCUUGAGGCAUACCAGGUUUCAAAGGAGGAGCAAGAGGAGGUGAAAGGGUGUGGGAACUGGAGCAGGAAGUUGCUUGAAGAAGCAAUCUUUGCAAUGCAUGAGAACAACCAGAGGACAUAUACUUCAGCUGAUGACCUUUUCACACUGGACUAUGGUGCUGAGAGUGAGUACAUAAUGUUCCCAGGUGAAGAAAUCACUAUUGCUAAAGGGUACUUGAGCAUAAUUGAGUACUUGGCUUCUGUGUUGCCACCUGGUUUGGUUCAGUUGGGUAAGAAAGUUACAAGGAUUGAGUGGCAGCUUGAUGAUGAGAAGAGGAAGAAGGGUGGUGCUGUGGAAAAUAAUGGAUGUUGCUCUUCUUCUUCUAGGCCUGUGAAGCUGCAUUUUUGUGAUGGCUCAGUUAUGUAUGCUGAUCAUGUCAUUGUCACAGUUUCACUUGGAGUGUUAAAAGCUGCUAUUCUUGAUGAUGAUGAUGAUGAUUCGGGUAUGUUCUAUCCUCCUCUUCCCCCUUCCAAGACUGAGGCUAUUUCAAGGCUUGGUUUUGGUGUUGUUAACAAGUUGUUUAUGCAAUUGAGUCCAACACAUGGAGGAUUGAAACAACAUGAAAAUGAACAAUCCGACAAAGGGUUCCCUUUCUUGCAAAUGGCUUUCCAUUCACCUCAAUCUGAAAUGAGGAACAAGAAAAUACCAUGGUGGAUGAGGAGGACAGCCACCCUUUUCCCCAUCUACAACAAUUCCAGUGUCCUCUUGUCAUGGUUUGUAGGGGAAGAAGCACUAGCACUUGAGUCACUCAAAGAUGAAGAGAUCAUAAACGGUGUUUCAUCCACAGUCUCAUUCUUUCUACAGCAUCACUCUCAGUGGCAAAAGGGUUCCACCAGUUGUAGUUCACAUAAACUGUGCAAUGGGAAUGUGAACUCUGAUGAGGGAAGAUCUCACUACCUACAAAAUGAAGUGAAGUUUAGUAAAGUCUUGAAGAGCAAAUGGGGAACUGAUCCAUUGUUUUUAGGCUCAUACAGUUAUGUUGCAGUAGGAUCAAGUGGUGAUGAUUUAGAUAUAAUGGCAGAGCCAUUGCCAAAAGAUAACAGCAGUUGUCAAGCUUCUUCUGCAGCUUCAUCAUCUCCACUUCAAAUUUUGUUUGCAGGGGAAGCAACUCACAGAACUCAUUAUUCCACAACUCAUGGAGCUUACUUCAGCGGUCUUAGGGAAGCCAAUAGGCUUCUUCAACAUUACCAUUGUGUUGGGAUUUAUAACAACUAGUAUUUUUAUUUUUAUUUUUAUUUUUUUUCCCUCUUUUAAAAUUUUUGAACAUUAAUCUCUAUGAUAUUACUAUUCCCAUUUUCAUUUUAAACGUCUUGGUUUCUCUUUAAGGAAAGUAGUGAGUGAUUGGGGGAAAAAAUCAAUAUUAGAAGGGGGGCAAGAUGAAUAGUGCGAUGGGGACAUUUUAGAUGUACUACUUGAAGUAAUUUUUCCCCAAUAUAUAUUCCUUUCUCUUCAUUUACGAGUGUAGUAUCUUUUUCAUUUAAUCAGUCUCCUUGUUAAUCUUUCAAAAGAAAAAAACUAGAUGAGAAUUUUGAUGACAUUCAGAAUCUGAAAUUUAGAACUAGCAAAGCUUUUCAGAUAUGCAAAUGCAAUGCAACCCCCCUAUGUCAUGUGAGUUCUCUGGCUUCUCUCAAAGGACAGGAUCCGCCAAACCCGGCUCUUUCCAGCUUGGAAUCUCCUCAUUAAGUUCUACGAAGUGAAAUAUGGCUUGUCAACUGCUCAGACCUAUAUAUGUGUUCUUGUCAUGUAUAACCUCUACUCAAAAACUUUGAUGAUGCUAUGCUACCUUUAAGAGAAUUUGUCCUUCAUGUGAUAUAUAGAUAGAGCUUCUGUAAUUGAGUGGUAAGGAGUUAGUUCAAUUCAAUUCAUCCUUGUUCA